CCACCGCUGCUGCUGCUGCUGCUGCUCUCGCUUCCUCCUCCUCCUGCUCCGCGCGCUGGUCCCCGAACUCCCUCGGCGAUCGCAACUGGAACCGCCUCCGCUGAGCCAUGCAGGACCGCCAGCCGCCCCCGCCGUCCCUGUCAGGUGCCAGCCCGGCAGCUCCGGCCAGCCUGGCUCCAGCCAAGAAGAUCAAGGCCACCAUCAAGAAGACGCUGCCUGUGACAGGCCCCCAGGCCCCCACCCUGCGUGAGCUGAUGCACUGGUACUGCAUGAAUACCAACACGCAUGGCUGCCGACGCAUCGUGGUCUCCCGGGGACGCCUGCGCCGGCUCCUGUGGAUCCUGCUCACCCUGAUAGCGGUGGGGCUGAUCCUGUGGUACUGCGCGCAGCUGAUCAUGAACUACUACGUGGCCUCCGUCUCGGUCACUGUGCAGUUUCACAAGCUCCCCUUCCCUGCCGUCACCAUCUGCAACAUCAACCCGUACAAGUACAGCGCCAUCAAGGACCACCUGGCUGAGCUGGACAAGGAGACCACGAAAGCCUUGGAGUCCUUAUACAGCUUCACGGGCAGCCAGCCCCGGGAACGCCGGGAGGCAGGCAGCGAGGAGGCGGAGAAGGGCGGGUUCCUGCAACGCUUUCCCCUGCAGAGGAUGGAUCGCCUUCGGUCCAAGGCCACCAAAAACGUCUCUACCAGCUAUAGACGCCGGAGUGAGACCGAUUUCUUUCCGGGGAGUUCCAGCAUGGUGAACGUCAACAACCCCGAGGACAUGGUGGGCUUCGAACUGUGCGACACCAGAGACAAGAAUGAUUGUGCCCUUUACACAUUCAGCUCCGGGGUCAGCGCCAUCCAGGAGUGGUACAAGCUGCACUACAUGAACAUCAUGGCUCAGAUUGAUGCCGAGGAGAAGGAGCGGAUGAGCUACUCGGCCGAUGAGCUGAUCCUCAGCUGCUUCUUUGAUGGCGUCUCCUGCGAUUCCAGGAACUUCACUUCCUUCCACCACCCUUUGCACGGGAACUGUUACACCUUCAACAGUGGAGAAAACGGGAAGAUCCUGAGCACCGCUGCUCUCGGGGGCGGAAAGGAAGGGCUGCAGGUGGUCCUGUACAUAGACGAGGCAGACUACAACCCCUUCUUGGUCACGGCAACCGGGGCAAAGAUCGUGGUCCACGGUCAGGAUGAGUAUCCCUUCAUCGAGGACAUCGGCACGGAGAUCGAGACGGCGACGGCCACCUCCAUUGGGAUGCACUUUACGACGUCCCGCCGGCUCAGCAAGCCUUACAGCAACUGCACGGAGGACGGCUCGGACGUCCCCGUGGAGAACCUCUACAACAAGAACUACUCGUUGCAGAUCUGCCUGCACUCUUGCUUCCAGAAAUCCAUGGUGAAAACCUGCGGCUGCGCACAGUACACCCAACCCCUGCCGGCUGGGGCCGAGUUCUGUAACUACAAAAAAUACCCGAACUGGAUGUACUGCUACUACAAGCUCCACAAGCAGUUUGUGAAGGAAGAGCUUGGCUGCCAGCAGAUCUGCAGAGAGGCCUGCAGCCUGAAGGAGUGGACGCUCACCACCAGCCUCGCCCAGUGGCCCUCCACGGUGUCCGAGGACUGGAUGCUCCGAGUUCUCUCUUGGGACAAAGGAAAGAACAGCAACAAGAGUCUCAACAAGUAAGUUCUCCUCCCGGACUGGGCCAACCUGAUGGUCUUCUACAAGGAUCUGAAUGAGAGACGCAUCACUGAGAACCCAGCAAACAAUGUGGUCACCCUCCUGUCCAACUUUGGGGGCCAGCUGGGCCUCUGGAUGAGCUGCUCCGUGGUCUGCGUCAUUGAGAUCGUGGAGGUCUUCUUCAUUGACACGCUGAGCAUCAUCCUGCGCCGCUGGUGGCAGAAGGCCAAGAAGUGGUGGAGGGCCCGGAAGGGGGGCUCGGGCGAGGCGGCGGCAGCACACCCUCCCGGCGGCGCCCGAGAGGCCGAGGGCCACGACAACCUGGCCUGCGUCCCCGAGGACGAGGACGACCUGCCCACCUUCAACACGGCCAUGCGGCUGCCGGUCCCCCCGGGCCUCCCGCCCCCCAGGACUCCCCCACCCAACUACAGUGCGCUGCAGCUGGCCGGCUCCUUUUCGGGGCAGCUGGGCGACACCCUGGAGGUCAGGACCCCGUGAGGUCCUCCUUGACAUGUGGGGGUGUGUGGAAAGGGGGACUGCUUCGUGGGAUGCUGUGGGGCUGGCCCUGCUGUCCUCUGAGCAGGGGGACUGGAG